AUGUCCUACAACGAUUCUUACGGCGGUGAGCGCCGCAACGAAGGCUACGGCGGUGGAGGCAACAACGGUUAUGGCCAAGACCGACGAGACGACGACCGCCGCCAAGAAGGAGGAUACGGCGGUGGCAAUGGUGGCUACGGUCAAGAAGGGCGGUCCCACGGCGGCGGCGACUUCGAUAGAGAGGAGAGACGCCAUGAGGGCGGCGGCGGUUACGGUGACCGCCCUAGUGGAGGUGGAUACGGUGACGACAGACGUCAAGAAGGCGGCUACGGCGGAGGACGUCAGGAAGCCUAUGGUGGGGGUGGAGGUGGAGGCUAUGGCAACGACCGCCCUAGCGGCGGCAGUGGUGGCUACGGCCAGGACGAGCGUCGUCAGGAGGGAGGCGGCUACGGCGGCGGUCGCCAGGACGAAUCCUACGGUGGCCGUCCAAGCGGUGGACAAGGCUAUGGUGACAACGACAGACCCUCAGGCGGUUACGGAGGUUCAUCCGGCGGCUAUGGCCAAGGUUCAUCGGAAGGCCAUGGCGGCGGCUCUGGCAAUCACGGCGGCCAGCACUCCUCUGGCACAUCAUACGGUGGCGGUGGUGGCUAUGGUGGCAGCUCAGAUGAGUUCGGAGAAGCUGCGCAUCAUGCUCAGCAGGAUGCUGGGUCCUCUGGAGACUCGAAUCUUUUCGGUGCUGCCCUUGGCCUGCUUUCUGGCAACAAGCAGAAGCUUCAAAACGAGGACAUUGACGAAGACGAUGCAGUCAGACAACACGAGAAGUUCUACGGCAAUCAGCAGGGCGGUAAUCACCAAGCUAGCUCGAACAAUGUCGGUUCAGCUGCUGCCAUGCAGGCAAUGAAGAUGUUCAGUGGAGGUAGCCAGCAGCAGGCUCAGGGUGGUCAAAACAAGUUCAUUGGACUGGCCAUGUCCCAGGCUGCACAGCUGUUCGACAAGCAGCAGAGUCAGGGCAAGACAGAUCCCAGCGCCACCAAGCAGGAUGCUGUUGCCCAGGCUGCUCAGAUGGCUCUCAAGUUCUACAUGAAGAGCGAGAUGGGCGGCGGUGGAGCUUCUGGCGGCAGCUCUGGCGGCCUCGGAGGCCUUCUCAACAUGGCCAGCAAAUUCAUGAAGUAG